AUGAAUUCGGCCUCUAACUCAGAACAAUUUAUGAAGUAUCAAGCCUUAGGUUUGAAUCCCUUUCCUCAAGAAUUAUUGGAUUCUGCUCAUGAAUUAGCAGAUUCUUUUCAAGAAUCAGUGGACUCCUCUCAAGAAAUAGUAGACCUAUCUCAAGAAUUAUUACAUGAUGAAACCGAUGAAACCCAUGAAACCUAUGAAACGCAUAAAGGACAAGAUUUGUUUAUGAUUAAUGGUUCAUUACCUCACAUUAACAAACUAAUUGUGUUUGCUGUUGAUGAUACUUUUCCUAAAUGGCCAAUUGCAGAACAUUAUAUUGAUGAAUAUGGCCGUCAAAAAGGAUUUAUAGCAAUAAAGAUACGUAGUAAAACUGAUCAUAAUGGACGUUUACUAAACCUGUAUUAUAAGUGUGAAUUUGGUAGAACGUAUCAACCAAAGAAAACUAAUAACUUACAAAAUCAACACAAUAAAGGUUCUAAAAAACUUAAUUGUGAUUGGAAAGUUAAUUUGCCUUUUGCAACCGGUGUGGUUCGCAUUACUAGUUUUAAUGAUCACCAUGUUGAGCAUCAACUUUUACCGGAUACUGAAAUUUUUGCUCCUAAAAAUCGCUGGUUCUCUGAUGAGUGUCGUGAAGAAAUUCGCCAUUUGGUAGUAAAUGGUCGGUGUGAUCUGGCAAUGAUACGGUCUCUUAUAUCUGUUAAAUACCCAGACCAGCUUUUUUUAACACGUGAUCUUGCCAAUGUUGUGGCCCAAUUACAACAAGAACAUAAGGUGGAAGGAAAUGAUGCAUCUCAGCUUUUAAAGCUGCUUUAUGAGUAUAAAGAAAAGGACCCUGAUUGGUAUAUUGAACCCUUAAUCGAUUCUAUUAGCAAUUGUCUCCAGCCAUUUUUAACAUCAAAUAGAAAUACUGAAUUAGCACCGAUUAUACAUCAAUUAAGUGAUGCGACAAACAUGAACUUACUUAGAGUGGACGAUAUUCAGAAAAAUAACUUUCAAAAAUCUGUAAACAAAAAGCUUCAGUUUAACAAAUCAAUAAGCUUCGCAAAGCGGACUAUUACACUACAGGGUGAUGGCGAGAAUGACAAUGAAUUGGAUACUUUUUUGAAAAGUUAUAUUGAAAAAAAGAUUCUUCAGCAUAAAAAAGAAAUUAAAGAAAGAGAAAUGAGAGUUCUUAGAGAGAAUUAUAGUUCAAGAAAUACUAUAGCUAUAGAAACUGACAAUGACCAACUAAUUGCCAUUGAUGAUGUCGCCAAUCCUCUACAUUAUAUUAGAAAAGGGGCUCUGAAAAAAAAUCGUAUUAAAGGUGCGCAAGAAGAGUAUCAACCAAAAAAAAAAGCCAAAUCAGAUGCAGGCACAAGAUU